AUGGCUGAAGAACAGGAGGUGUGUCAAAUAGAGUUGCUCUGCAAGCAACUGUAUGAAUCCCAAGAUGUGGGGAUCAGGGAGCAGGCUGAGAAGGCGGUGGUUGCUUUCCAGGAGUCACCAGACACCCUCAGCAAGUGCCAGGCCCUGCUUGAGCGCGCCGACUCCAGCUAUUCCCAACUCCUGGCGGCGACGACCCUCGCUAAGCUGCUCAGCAGGUCGACGACUAGCCUGUCGGUCCAGCAGCGUCUGGACAUCAGAAACUACGUCCUCAACUAUCUAGCGACCAGACCAAAGCUGGCCAGCUUCGUCGUUCAGGCUCUGGUGUCGCUGUUCGCCCGAAUCACCAAGCUGGGCUGGUUAGACAUGGUGAAGGAGGAGUACGUGUUCCACAACGUGAUGAACGACGUGUCCACCUUCUUACAGGGUCCCGCCGAGAUGUGCACGAUCGGGGUGCAGCUGCUGACGCAGCUGGUGCUUGAGAUGAACCAGGUGUCGGAGGCGGACGCGAGCAGGUCCCUCGCGAAGAACCGCAAGAUCGCCUCCUCGUUCAGGGACACGCAGCUGUUCGAGAUGUUCCGCCUCUCGUGGUCGCUGCUGGGCGCGGCGCGCGCGGAGCCGCUCGAGAUGGCGGGCGGCGCGAGGCACGCGCUGUUGGCCGCCCUGCUGCGGCUCGCCCACGCGUGCCUCACCUUCGACUUCAUCGGCACCACCAGCGACGACUCCUCGGACGACCUGUGCACCGUGCAGAUCCCCACCUCGUGGCGGCCCACAUUCCUCGAGCCGUCCACGCUCGAGCUGUUCUUCGAGCUGUACCACGCCCUCGGAGGCGCCCUCGCCGGCCUUGCUCUAGCCUGCCUGGUGCAACUGGCUUCGGUGCGCCGCAGCCUGUUCAGCAACAGCGAGCGCGCCAAGUUCCUCAACCGGCUGGCGGCCGGCGUGUAUAGAAUACUGGACAACACGCAGGGCCUAUCGGACCCCACCAACUACCACGAGUUCUGCCGGCUCCUCGCGCGCCUCAAGUCCAACUACCAGCUCGGCGAGCUGGUCAUGGUGGACAACUACCCGCGCCUCAUCGAGCUCAUCGCCAAGUUCACAGUGCAGAGCCUGCAGAUGUGGCAGUUCGCGCCGAACUCUGUCUACUACCUGUUGUCGCUGUGGCAGCGGAUGGUGGCGUCGGUGCCGUACGUGAAGGCGACGGAGCCCCAUCUGCUGGAGACUUACGCGCCCGGCGUCACGGCCGCUUACAUCGGCUCGCGGCUCGACUCUGUCGCCGUGGUGGUCAGCGAGGGACUCGAAGAUCCUCUGGACGACACCGGCACAGUCCAGCAGCAGCUGGAGCAGCUCUCCGUGAUCGGGCGGUGCGAGUACGCCAAGACGUGCCAGCUGCUGGUCGCGCACUUCGACCGCGCCGCGGCCGAGUACAGCGUCGAGCAGCGCCCGCAGCAAACGCUAGUGUUGCAGGGUCAGCUGACGUGGCUGGUUUACAUAAUCGGCGCGGCGAUCGGCGGCCGCGCCUCGGUGAUCGUGUGCGACGAGAACGACGCCAUGGACGGCGAGCUGGUCUGCCGGGUGCUCCAGCUGAUGGACCUCACCGACUCCAGGCUGUCCAGGGGUGGCUGCGAGAAACUGGAGCUGGCGAUGAUGUCCUUCUUCGAGCAGUUCCGCAAGAUCUACGUGGGUGAGCAGGUGCAGAAGAACAGCAAGGUGUACCGGCGCCUCUCCGAGGUGCUGGGCCUGAACGACGAGGGCCAACUCCUCAGCGUCCUGAUGAGGAAAAUAAUCACCAACCUGAAGUACUGGGGCGGCUCCGAGCAGAUCAUAUCGAAGACCCUGGGCCUCCUCAGCGACCUGAGCGGCGGCUACUCCUGCGUGAGGAAGCUGGUCAAGCUCGAGGAGGUCCAGUUCAUGCUGACGCACCACACGGCGGAGCACUUCCCGUUCCUGGGCAUAGCGGGCGUGGGCGCGGCGGAGAUGCGGUGCCGCACGAUGCUGUACACUGCGCUCGGGCGGCUGCUCAUGGUCGAGCUCAGCGAGGACGAGGAGCGGUUCCAUGCGUUCAUGAUGCCCCUCACCGCGGCGUUCGAGAGCAUAAUAGGGCUGCUCGGGCCGCCCGAGAGCCCCCUCUUCGGCUCCGAGGAGGCGAAGAAGACGCUGAUAGGGCUGGCGCGCGACCUCCGCGGCCUCGCGUUCGCCUUCAACACCAAGACCACCUACAUGAUGCUCUUCGACUGGAUAUACCCCGUGUACAUGAAGGUGGUGCUGCGCGGGCUGGAGGCGUGGUUCUCGGAGCCGGCGCUCAGCACGCCCGUGCUCAAGCUCGCCGCCGAGCUGGCGCAGAACAGGAACCAGAGGCUGCACUUCGACGUCUCCUCGCCCAACGGGAUACUGCUGUUCCGCGAGCUCUCCGCCAUCAUAUGCGCCUACGGCAGCAGGAUACUGACCAUAGACGUGAGCAAGAAGCAGAUGUACGCGAUGAAACUGAAGGGUAUCUCCCUCUGCUUCUCAAUACUGAAGGCGGCGCUGUGCGGGAACUACGCGAACUUCGGCGUUUUCAGACUCUACGGAGACGAGGCCCUGGACAACGCGCUGAAUAUGUUCGUGAAACUGCUCCUCAGCAUACCUCAGAGCGACCUGCUGGACUACCCGAAGCUGUCGCAGACUUACUACGUGCUGCUGGAGAGGCUCGCCCAGGACCACAUGCCGUUCCUGGGGAACCUGCAGCCGGAGGCGGCGCUGUACAUCCUCUCCUCCGUCUCGGAGGGGCUGACGGCACUCGACACUAGCAUAUGCACUGGAUGCUGUGCGACACUGGACCACAUAGUGACAUAUCUGUUCAAGCAGCUGGUGCAGAAAUCCAGCAACAAGGUGUCCAACCCCCGCCAGCCGCGGCCAGAGACCAGCAACAUGUUCAUCGAGGUCCUGCAGAGGCGGCCCGAGAUAAUGCAGCAGCUCCUCGCCACGGUGCUGAACGUGGUGAUGUUCGAGGAGUGCUGCAACCAGUGGUCGAUGUCGCGGCCGCUGCUGGGGCUGGUGCUGCUCAACGAGGAGCAGUUCGGCCGGCUGCGCGCCGAGCUGAUCGCCCGCCAGCCGAGGGACAAGCAGGCGCAGCUGGCGCACUGGUUCGGCGGGCUGAUGGCCGGCAUAGAGCCUAACCUGCUUACCAAGAACCGGGACCGGUUCACGCAGAACCUGUCGAUGUUCCGUCGGGACAUCAACGACCUACUUAAGGGCGCCAGCGUCAGCGCCCCGCCGCCGAACAACGACAUGAUGACGUCA